UUGAUCGCGUAUUUGGUAUACCGGGGGUCCCGUACACGCUUGUCGUCCGCUACACGCUGUGGUAAUUUAUGCACUUACACACGUGCAGCGAGAACUCAAAUAAAACGCUAUUCGUAUAAGUUUGAGACUCUGAGCGCGAAUGGCAUAAGUACGUGAUCCAGUUGCACUAGUAGCUGGACUACAUAUUUAUGAGUGAUAUCCAAAAAUCAACGAACAGAUCGAUCGGAAGAUCGACAGGAGUGAAGCUUUUUGAGUUCGGUACAUCGACGAGGGACGGGCUGUACGUGUGUUGCUCGUCUCUCUCUCUAUCUUCUCUGCUUCUGAUCUGCUGCUCGACUACGCAGUCGUUCAGUUUUGUUCGCGCUUGUCGCGACACUGUUGACUCAGUGCCAUGACGCUCGUCCACCAGAUUCUGGGCUCGAUCCUGGCCCUCGGGCUCGCUGGCAUUUGGCUGUCUUGGAGACGCCGUAGAUUUCUGCACAUACUCUACAUGACUCUGCCCAGGGACAUCCUAGGAGCCUUCAGAUUUAUAAAAGUAAACGCUCUUUUAUGGUGGUGGGAAUUGAGAUGUUUCACUGUAGCUGGUAUUUUCACGAGAUUGGCCAAAAGAAAUCCCGAGAAUAUUGCUUUCAUCUUCGAAGAUAAAGAAUGGACUUAUAAGCAGCUAGAAGAAUUCAGCAAUCGCGUCGGUCGUUACUUUCGUCCAAAAUCACUGUCUCGGGGUGACAGCGUUGCCCUGCUAAUGGAGAAUCGAGUAGAGUACAUUGGCAUAUGGCUUGGCUUAAGCAAGGUUGGAUUUAUAACUGCCCUUCUCAACACAAAUCUACGUAGUGACGUGCUCGUUCAUAGCAUCAAAGUGGCUGACUGCAAAGCUGUCAUCUUCAGUGGAGAAUACAGAGAAGUUAUUAAUGAGAUAAGAGAAAAAAUUCCUGAUCUGAUACUGUACCAAUGGUCAGAGAAUGCGGAAACUACGGUGAUAAAGGGUGCCAAAGAUUUAACCACUGGCUUGGCCAAGACUGACCCUGAGCCCCUCAUCGCCGACCUUGCGAUUAGCUGUCCACGUGAUAAGCUCAUUUAUAUUUACACGUCUGGUACGACGGGACUGCCCAAGGCUGCAGUUAUCAGCAAUUUGAGAUACAUGCUGAUGACUUGUGGAGUGCACUCUAUGUUGGGUCUAAAGUCAUCUGAUCGUAUUUACGAUUCUCUACCGCUUUAUCAUACAGCUGGGGGUAUUGUCGGUGCAGGCCAGUCAUUGCUACGUGGAGUUACAGUAGUAUUGCGUCGGCGAUUCAGUGCUUCAAAUUUCUGGCCAGACUGCGUCCAUUACAAGUGUACCGUUGCUCAGUAUAUUGGAGAAAUAUGUCGUUAUCUUCUUGCUGUUCCUGCAAGCUCGGCGGACAAAUCGCACAAAGUCAGACUAAUGUAUGGAAAUGGACUGCGACCUCAAAUUUGGAAACCUUUUGUUGAAAGAUUCAACGUAAAACAAAUUGGAGAAUUUUACGGCGCUACCGAAGGCAAUUCAAAUCUUGUGAAUAUUGAUAACCAGAUUGGUGCUGUUGGCUUCCUACCGCUUUACGCUGGAUCUUUAUACCCCGUUGCCUUGCUUAAAGUUGACGAAGCUACCGGUGAGCCAAUCAGGGGUCCAAAAGGGCUUUGUAUUACAUGUGAGCCAGGAGAGCCUGGUGUGUUCGUUGGAAAAAUCAAUCCUAAAAAGGCCGUCAAUGACUUUAGUGGCUAUGUCGACAAAACAGCAUCAGAGGAAAAAAUUAUCCGGGAUGUUUUCAAAAAAGGCGAUCGCGUUUUUAACUCAGGUGAUAUCCUGGUGAAAGACGAGUAUGGGUACUUUUAUUUCAAAGAUAGAACUGGUGACACUUUUAGAUGGCGUGGAGAAAAUGUAGCCACUUCUGAGGUUGAAGCUGUUGUAAGUAAUGUGAUUGGCUUACGAGACGCAGUUGUCUAUGGAGUUGAGGUACCUGGGAAUGAAGGAAAAGCUGGUAUGGCAGCAAUAUAUGACCCUGAUCAUAAUACUAAUCUUAGUGAUUUAGCUGAAGGCGUAAAAAAAUCCCUACCUGCUUACGCCAGACCCUUAUUUGUUCGAGUUCUAGCAAAUCUUCCAAUGACCGGUACUUUCAAAUUGAAGAAAAAAGAUCUCCAGAAAGAGGGAUUCAAUAUACAUAAGAUUCAAGAUCCAGUAUACUUUCUGGAAAAGUCUGGUAGAUACGUUAAACUUACAGAAGAGUUGUAUGAUAAUAUUUUGGAAGAAAAAGUUCGAUUGUAAACAAAUGUGUACUUGAUUAAGAUUUGAAAAAAAAAAAGAAACAGAUAAGAAUGACAUUGCGUUUGAAAAAAAAAUUUUUCGUGGGACAGGUUUUUACGUCUGUAAAUAAAGAAAUUAUUUUUUGAUAAUAUUGUACCAUUUGUAAAUCAGAGUGUUAACAGUGUAAAAAAAAAUUUCAAGGUAUAGCAGUUUUUACAUAAAAAUAGUAAUAAGGAACAUAGAU